CCUUGAACGAGCAAACCACCAGAGCAAAGGAGUCCCGACCGAACAAGGAGUUUGUGAAGGACGGAAGAAGCUCCCAAUAUCGGGCCAUGCAGAGGAAACAUCACGAGGAACUCACGAACAGCUACCAGGGGGUGUAUUCGGCCGGCGCGGCCGUGGUGUACGAAGAGUUGAAGAACAAGGGGAUCAUCCCAGAUCCCAAACCGAUCAGGGCCGAUGAAGAAAAUCUAGACAAGAGCCGAUAUUGUGCUUACCACAAAGCGCAUGGCCACAAUACCGACCAGUGUUGGAACUUAAUAUCUGCUUUGUUAAAACUAAUUGAUGAUCCGCAGGUAAGAAGGUUCACUAGGAUGGAUACAGGCAAUCGGAGGCCAAGAAACGAUGAACGAAUGAACCUAGGAGACGAACCUGAUUUCAGACCGAAUCCCCGGAGAGCGAAUGAACACCACCAUGAAAUCUUGACGAUCAGUCAGGAGCAACGAGGCGAGACGAGCGUAUCCGGGGGAAGGAAAAGGACAGCGUCCAGACGAGACGAGGAGCAUUUGGUUCACAUCCCAAUCCGAAGAAGUGGACCGCCCACAAGGGUUAAUACGAGCCGGGAAAGUUCAAGCGUGUCAAGAAGACAGGUCAAGGCGUACGUCCGGAAAGCAUACAGCACAGGACAUCAA